AUGUUUGACCAUCCUUGGACUAUGAUGUUUGACGAAUUUCUCGAGGUGACUCCUGUAAGAUGCAUACAGGAAAUGAAGACUAAAGUCAUCGCGGGUUUCCCGAAGGACGCGGUUGACAAAGUUGAAAUCCACAAGGAUGUCAGAAAGAUUUUUGAUCCGGAGUAUGAAGAUUCCGAGGAAGAAGAUGCUCCAAUCGGUGACGAAGAUAAUGGCUUGGUUAACAGGUAUGCCCAACCUGACGGGUGGGAUUCAGAUGAGACCGAUGACGACAGCGAAAGUAACAAUAAGACAGACGACGAUGCUGAUGAUGAUGAUGAGGAUGAGGCAUCCGAGGAAUCCGUCAUUAUAGUUGAAAGCACUCGGCCGACCGACAAUGAAUUUGGUGGCAGCCGAUCCGGCAGAGGUCACCUCGCUGAGACUCGCACCAUCACUGAUGAAACAGUCUCCGAAUUGACAGGAAACACAGGUGAUGAAUCUGACCCGGAAUUAGCGUCUCAACGGGUAUCAAUUGAUGAACAAGCUACCAAAAUGGACGUGGAUGGAACGGACCCAAGCAUAUGUUCCCGACCCAGUGGAAAGCGGCUGCAUCCGGCGACAAGGUCUACGAAGCCUGCUACACAGGAGACGGCAAAAUCGAGGCCUAGAACGAACGCUCCCGGAGCUAAACGGAAAUCCCAACGAACUUUGACGCUGGAAGAGCGCCUGGAUGAUUUGCGCAAUGUCGACCUGGACGGAAUGGAAGGCAGGGCUAUGUUGGUCGAGUUGGGCAUGGUCUACAAUUACUCAGGUCAGCAGGAUGGUAACCAAUCACAUGCGUCCAUUAUCCUGAAACAUAUUUUGGACACCUUGUCCGACACGUUCAGGAACACAGAAGAGACCUUUCGUAUACUACCACUUUCUGACAGGACGUAUAAGAACACGCAGAUGUGGAUUCGCAAUGAAGCCGACCUUCGGCGGCUGAUUCCUGACUACCGCGGGUUGUCACGAUACCUUGAUAUGUCUUUUGGCAACAUGUCGUACGCGUCUACGUCGAACAAGCCGGGAGAAAAGAAGCUACGCACACGGCUGAGAGUAGGUUUCGAGGCUGACGUGCCGUCGGAGACGAUCCAGCAAUAUCUGCAUGGAGAAUUGCAACACCAGGGACGUGGCGCCGGAUGCUACUCAUCUGUUCUCCAGUUUGGCGACAUUGAAAAGAUUGGAGCCUUAUGUUUUUAUCCUCAGGAGAUCAACAUUAAGGCCAUCGAGAAAGAACUGAUGCGUCAUUUCGGUUGGGAUAUUGUCAUUGGACUACGGUACGAAUGGGUCAACACUCCGUACAACGGACGCAGCAAGUGGAACAAAAGAGCACCAGGGUGCAUGAUGUGGCACGUCUACGUGAGAGCAAGACACGCCAAGCGGGUGGACCGGGCAUUACGCCUGUGGCUUCACCCCUGGACUCCAAAGAAAGAUUUUCCCUGGUGCGCUGUCACCCACUACAUCAGCGAUUGGAAGGCAGCUCAAAAUGGGAUAGUCAGUGUUAAGGCCGUUGGUCCAGUGAAGGAUGAGAACCUGACCAUGAUUUCGAAGCACAACGAUUUUGUUGAACUUACUCAGGCCAAGUACUGCCCAGUCGAGAUCCCAGGAAUGCUUAAACAGGCGACCACAAAGGAUUUUGGCCCUCGCACCUGUUUGUCCAUGUUCCUCUCGGUCAAGGCACGGCCACUGCACGCUGAUAAAGUUGCUGCGGCCGAUGUGGACACCGACUCCGACUCUGACGAUUCUCUCCUUGAUGACAUCUCUCAUAAGUUUACAAAAGUGACGACCAAAGGGAAGACAAAGAUAAAGAAGAGGGUCCCAAAAACUUCCAAGCAUCUGUCUCUUGAGAACGAUGGCCCUGUUCUGACACCAGCGCAACAGCGCCGGGCCCGAGAGUCGGAAAGGAAGCGAAAAAUGGACCUGGCGAAUAAUGUCCCAAGCCCGCUGUUCAUCAUGGUUCUACCUGGCGAAAUGGAAGGGACUUAUCUCUUCAUCAGCCGGUUGAAGUCCGCAGCCUUGGCAACAAACGUUUUGAAAGGACUGGAACUUGUGUGGUGCUUGGAGACUCUAUGGGCACGACCAGCCGACCAAACUCAGCAGGGCGUUGACAAAGCAAUCGAUUUUCUGGAUGGGUUUGGCUCUGAUCCUCUUGAUGUCGGUGAAGCAAAGUUGGAAUUUGAUAUGGAUAUGGCGGACGCUAAAGAUAUUGACGAUGGAGCUACGGUUGCUGGUGCCAUGGAUGAGUUGUUGGAAAAGGAUAGUCAACUGGAGGCUGCUAUCACGGAGAUUGAAUUCAAGGACAAUCUUUUGUCCGAACAGAAUUCUGCUUUGGAGGCCGAACGAUUACGAUCUGAACAGUUGGCGCGCGAACUUGCCGCAAUGCGCUUACUCCAACAGCCAUCAGCAAGCCGCACAGAUCAGCCAACUCAGCUUGACGACAGUGGGCCUUCCAACAAGUCGCCUGCGGAGGAGGAUAUUCCUCUCCCAGAAAAGCCACACUCCCCGUCCACUCCGGCACGAUCCAACAAUCCAGGUCCCCUCACCUCCCCACUGCCGGGAUCUCCUUCUCCGGCACCUGGGCCCAAGACAAUGUUACCACCUCAGAGUGCUGCCACUCGCCCCAAAUCCUUUGUCGAGUCAGUGACUCCGGACCAAGCCCCGAGGACGGCACCUACAGUACGUCCUCCCAAGCGGGACGGUGGUCCCAAUGCAGAGUCUAUCACUCCGUCCUUGACUGACACUCAAGGAUUGGAGAGGCAAUCCGAUGCAUCUACCCCGUCGGUCUUCCCCAUCUUCCGCCAUCCUCAACAGUCUCCUCCCUCCGUCCCGGUUAAGGGCAAGAAGGAUAAGAAGACAUCAUUGGCCGGCCGUGGAGCUUCCCGCUCCACGGCAGGGCAAUGA